AUGUCCAAGCAGCAUCAAGUCUCGGUGGCUACAACAUGUGCCUGCCGUAUCGGUUCACUGCUGGGCGAAGGAAUCCCAAUCCCGACCCUGGAAGCUUCCCUUCCUCCGUUCCAGCUGGGGAGUGUGCAUGGAUUAUAUCCCACAGGCCCCAAGACUCUGUUCUGUUGUUCAAUCCCAAGGCCUGCCUCACUUCAAAGUUCUGAUGAGAGUGAAUGCAAACAGCAUCAGCAUUCUUCUCUCCCUCCACUUUUUAGCAAUCAAUUGUCACCGAUAGGCUCGGGAGAUAUGCGGGUACGAACCGGUACACGUGCCGGUACUCUUAGGAUCUUUCACCCAACCAGUCUUCUGUUUCCUCAAUAG